AUGGGAUUCCGUAUACUAUUUAUUGAUUCAUAUGAUUCUUUCUCCUAUAAUGUUGUUCAACUGAUUCGAGACCAAGGCGAUGACAUUGAAGUUGUAGUUAUACAUAAUAACACCUUCAGCAGCUUUGAGAAAAUUCGGAAGUAUUUGGACUUAUUCGAUGCUCUAGUGGUUGGACCUGGGCCUGGAAACCCAGUAAAUGGUGCCUCAGAUGUUGGAAUUAUAGAGGAACUAUUUAAGAGUGAUAUUGAUAUCCCCAUCUUGGGUGUGUGUUUGGGUAUGCAGAGCAUGUGUUACGCAUACGGCUGCGAGAUCAAGCAGUUAGAGAAGAUUAAGCACGGUCAAGCAUGCCCAAUAUAUUUGCACCCAACUGCCGAUGAACUAUUCAACUCAUUCGAGAGUGGCUACAUGUCUGUGAGAUACCAUUCUCUUCACGUUGUGAGCUUAACUGAUAAGGUUACUCCGCUUGCAUACUGUAACGAUGAGGACAUUGAGGUAUUGAUGGCUGCUAAGAUUGUCGGGAAGCCUUGGUAUGGUGUCCAAUACCACCCAGAGUCAUGCUGCUCUGAGAAUGGUGAUCACCUUAUCAGGAAUUUCAUUAAAAUCGCCAAGACAUAUAAUCAAACUAGCGGGAGAUUAUUCAAUGUCUUACAACCACUAAGUAAUAACGUGGUACGUACGGAAGAAAUGCUUCAAAUCCUUGAUGAGUGUAUUGACCAUACUGCAAUAUACAUGAAGGAGCAAGUUAAGUCUAAGGAUAUAUAUAUUGAAAAGUUUCCUGCUCCUAGUUCAACAGAUUUGACUUUGCAGAUAUGUGAUCGCAUUGAUUCACCAUUCUUCUUACUUGCGUCAUCGUCCCUGAAACCAAAUUGUGGCGAAAUGUCAAUCCUUGCGCUCCCAUCUGAGAGAUGUACGGUGAUCACCCACUAUGGACAGUUGAAAAAGACUACGAUUCACAAGUGGAGGGACCCUAAGAUUACCGUCGAGAAAUAUGCUGCUGCGCUUCAUGGUAAGGAGCAGUCCGCUCAUAUUCAGGUUGUUGAUGAAGACCGUCAACAGUUUUGGUCAACCGUCGGCGGAUUUGUGAAGGAACAGAGUAUUUCAAACGAGCCGGAUUUACCUUUUAUUGGUGGAUUUGUUGGUAUUCUCGGUUACGAAAUCGGACAGCAUACAGAACAUUACUUCGAACGCGAAAUCAAGCCAGACGCAAAGCUAGCAUUUGUGGAGAACUCAAUUCUUAUUGACCACAAAUCUGGUACCAUAUACCUUAUUUCUCUAAACAAUGAUUUUCCCGUCGCUGUAAGAGAAGCUGUCGUUGCGCUUCUCGCACAGUGGAAGACUGCGGCCACUCCUAAGCUGGAGUGGCCAACUAAUCUGCCAGCAGACGUGAAGUUCAAUAUCAAGAUGCCUUUAGCAGAGGCCUACGAGGACGCUUUUAACAAAGUGCAGGAAUAUCUUCACCAGGGUCAAAGUUACGAGAUCUGUAUCACUACGCAGACAAAAAUCACACCGGACAGUCGUAUAGAACCCUGGCGCAUUUUCCAGACCCUGGUAGUCAAGAACCCUGCUCCGUUUUCAAGUUAUAUCAACUUUUCCGACAUCACACCAGAACAGAGCGACAUGUGUCUGAUCUCCACAUCUCCGGAGCGCUUUAUAAAGUGGACCCCGGACACCUGUGAGCUCAGACCUAUUAAGGGAACCGUCAAAAAGGUCCCUGGAAUCACCACUGAGCAGGCAACUGCCAUUUUAAAGACCCCUAAAGAGCUCGGUGAAAACCUUAUGAUCUUGGAUCUCAUCCGCAAUGACCUAUUUGAGCUUCUCCCCCGCGUCUCUGCGGAUGACAUAAUGAGGGUCGAAGAAUAUGAAACGGUUUACCAACUAGUGAGUGUAGUUAAAGCGCAUGAAAUGGAAAAGACGAUAUAUAGCGGUCUGGAUGUGCUCAAACAUUCCCUUCCACCGGGGUCAAUGACUGGUGCCCCAAAAAAGAGGACUGUCGAGCUUCUCCAGCACGAAAUUGAAGAUAAGCUCAACAGCCACCUGCCUGAAUGUCGUGGUAUUCGCGGCAUCUACUCAGGUACCACCGGCUACAUAAGCGUCAACGGUAAUUCGGACUGGAGUGUUAAUAUCAGGUGUAUGUAUUCUUAUGACAACGGUUCCAACUGGUAUAUCGGAGCUGGCGGUGCGAUAACAGUCCUCAGUACCCUCGACGGUGAAUGGGAAGAAAUGCACACUAAGUUAGAAGCUGCACUCCAGGUUUUCCAAUAA